GAGCCUGCUUUGAGCGCACGCAGAAGAAACAAAACAUUCGCGCGAGCAGGUCACGCGUAAGCGAGCAGAAGUUAAAUUUUCAAGAUGUUCAAUACGAAUCUGUUACAGUGUGUGAAAUGAUGUUUUAGUGUGAUUUAAAGACGGAUGUUCUUAAAAUGUUAGAUAUAACAGAAUUCGAUUAUUUUUAAAACGUGGAAUACAUUGUCAGGGACCAUGUUACUUAAGAAUAGGACCAUGAUAGCGAGGCGGGCGUCGGUUCUCGGUGUAUUGACGCUGACGUCGCUGGUGCAGCCAUCUACCGCCACGUGUCCGAGGUCAUGUGACUGCAGUGACGUCAUAAAAGGUGGUCAGUCACAGAUUGACGUCAGGUGCUUCGUCAGGGAUUUGAACGAACUUGAUAUCACCGCACUAAGCAACGUCAAGAAAGAGUUCGUCCUAACUGUGUCGUGUGCAUCAGCGAGUCCGUUCGACAUUACAAGUCGCAUGUUUGGCUUCAAUUCGUACAUGCGCGGACUGGUAAUGAACAACUGCAAGAUAGCAUACAUUCACAAACAAGCUUUCCACGGGCUUCUGAAUCUCAACAUGUUGCACAUCCACUCGGCGUCCAAUCACUACGUGCGGCACCACCCGGAGGCGCUAGCGUUCUUGACGCACCUGACCAGUCUGGCACUAACCGGAAGCGGGGUAAUGACGAUGCCAAACUUGUGUUCGAUGCAGAGCCUCAAGUCUUUGAAUCUUUCGGGAAACUCAUUAAUUUCGUUCAUUAUGGCGGGACUGAACUGUUCCGAAGGUUCACUAAACGAGUUGAGUGUCCUGGAUAUUUCAAGAAACCUUUUCCAGAACUUAAAUGAGUUGGCUGUGUAUGGACAAGCGUUCAAAGAGCUGGAGAGUAUGAUUGCAGCCGAGAACAGAAUUACACUCAAUGACGAUGCAGCCUCGUUGGUGAAUUUCAAGAGGUUGCGAGUUUUAGAUUUAUCAUUGAAUAACAUUUCAACCAUUUCACAGUCCAUCUUUAAGGAAAACACAAACUUGCAGGAUUUGAACAUUUCAUGGAAUAAACUAGAACAUUUACCUGAGGGUAUUUUCUCGCGUACGGAAAAGAUGUUGCGCCUGGAGAUGCGAAAUAACGUCCUGGGAGACUCUGUAUGGGUGGGGUUGGCGGGUGUGACCUCCCUCAUCUACCUUGACCUAAGUCAUAACAACCUGACUUCCCUCAACCAGACGACCUUGGCGGAGUUCCGUGAGAUAAACACGUUGAACCUAAAGGGAAAUAAAAUAAGUGAACUCGCCGAAGGAACUUUCCAGAACCAUAUCCGCCUUCAAUCUCUGAAUCUAGCAAACAAUCAGAUACACAACAUUACCGCGCGAGCGUUCCAGUCGUUGAUUUCACUUGAAAGAAUAGAACUUCAAGAAAACAAACUUUUAAGCGUUGAUAUGGAUUUAUUUAUGCAGACGACAUUAUUGAAAUUCGUUAAUGUGUCAUCAAACUAUCUUUCAAAACUUCCAAGUCUUUUGAAACUGGGCUAUCUGAAAAUCUUGGAUGCGAGUAGGAACUUCAUGGAGACGCUUGACGAAGGCGCUUUGGUCGCUCAGGGGAAGAUUGAGACGAUCAACUUGUCCAGGAACGUAAUCAGCAAACUUCCAGACUCGCUGUUUGUGUCGUGCACUUCACUCGUAUAUCUAGACCUGUCUAACAACACGCUGAAAUACCUGCAUCCAUCUUUGUUCAUGAAUUCCGGGAUCAGAACAUUGUGCCUGCAGCAUAACGAGCUCCAGGAUGUUGGAAAGAGCCUCGCCAUGAUGCCGAGUCUCCAGGAACUCAAUCUAAGUCACAAUCGUGUUAGGGAUACGGUACAGAAGUCUAUGUUCCCAGCGUCCAUUAAGAUGCUGGACCUUUCACAUAACAAUAUCGUAACCGUUCGACCCAAAGGUUUUGACGGUUUAAGCGAUCUGAGAAUUGUUGAUCUAAGAUUUAACCAGAUUAGCACGUUAACAAAGGACGCUUUUCAAGUAUCUACGAGCCUUUAUUCGCAGACUGGUUUCAUGAUUAGCGACAAUCCACUGGAAUGUGACUGUAACCUACUCUGGUUGCGUCAAUGGGACCAGUCUACGCAAGGACCAAUCAUCGUAAACCUGAACGUCACGUGGUGUCGUGGAGCUUAUAAUUACCCAGAAGCCCCGGUUAAAAUGGUUCCCGUCGACCGAUUUUUGUGCAAAUAUGACAAUGUAUGCACACCAGAUUGCAUGUGCUGUGCGUUCGCGUGCGACUGCAAGUACCUAUGUCCGCCCGGAUGUGACUGCUACCACAGCACUGACAUGCGCAGUGUUCACAUCGUAGAGUGCAAGAGCAAAAACACGACUGACCUACAUCAAAUUAUUCCUGUUGUAACUACAAAACUCGAUUACAGUGGCAGCGCUGUUGACGUCGUACCCAACAAAGCAUUUCAGUUCCUUGGAAACAUGGAGGAACUAUGGUUAAACAACACAAGUCUGAAAAUCCUCUCUGAGGAAUCAUUCAUAGGCCUUUCAAUGUUGAAAAAACUUUAUCUCAAUUUCAACGAGAUAACGUUCCUGAGAAAGGACAUGUUCGUCGGUUUGUCUAGCUUGCACGAACUCUACCUGGACAAUAACAAGCUAACGUCAUUACCGGAUGGAGUAUUUAGUGACCUCCGGUCUCUAAAGGUGUUAACCCUGGGACAAAACUACCUUAAGGACAUGACGAGCUAUCUGUCACAGCUGCUGUUCAGCAUGGACCUUACCCUGUAUUCCAAUCGAUGGGAUUGCAGUUGUAUUUUGUAUUUCAGUGCGCGGGAAAAGGCAAGUAAAUUUGUCUCCAUGACAACGCCCGCUCUGCCCGGCGUUUUCCCUGUCAUUACAUGCGCUUUGUUUUCGGAGACUGGUCGCAGUGGUCGAAUGUCGUUAAGAGAGUUUGGCGAGAAAUGCAACGGGCAGGUUUUCAUUCCGAGUAAGACGGGGCGCAUUGAAGAACUGACUACAGAAUCCAAGAACAUCUCCGGCGAUGCUAAUCCUUAUCAUGACGUGCUGGACACGAACUCUCCGUCAGACGAUCGAGGGGUUUCUGUGAGAGACGCGGGCUCAGGAGUUUGGGAUGAUCAGGUGAAAAUAUUCCUUCCUGCAAUGAUCGCCGGGACUAUCGUCUUCAUCGCUAUCAUUCUGCUAGCCUGCCGACGAGAGAUUGUGCGGUGUUGGCUGUAUACAAAGUUCAAUUCCAAAUCGAGUGAUCUGUACCUUUUGGACGACAAAGCGCGCCAUAACGAUGCGUUCAUCGCAUAUCAUUAUAAAGACGAGGCGUUCGUUAUGCGUGAGUUGGUCCAGAGAUUGGAGAGCCGGUCUCCUAAGUAUUUCCUGCGUGUGCAACACCGGGACCGGCCGCCCUCUACUUCCGAGUUGACCUUCAUUUCCAAAAGUGUGACUUCUAGUCAUAGAACAAUCGUGGUGCUUUCAAAUGACUUUACUCAAGACAGUGCUUUGCUGAAGUGUGUGUCACAGUGUGUUAGACAGGACUCGCUCGAUCGCUUGAUCACAGUUUCGAUUGGGCAUAUCGACAAAUCCAAAUUGGACGCCAUUUUGUUGUAUCACAUGAAACAUGGUAAACAUUUAUCAUUCGGUGAAAACUGGUUUUGGGACAAACUCUACUACUGUUUGCCGGAACCCAGGGCGUCUGUAGGUGAAAUACCGCGGGCCGAGGCCCAUCCGUACGCUAGCACGGAUCUCGCGAGAAUGGCGUGCGCAGAAAAAGAUAACAAAGGUUACCACGGACCAUUUGCCGGACAUUCCCGAGAGUUACCGAACAUUACCGAAUACAAUCUUCCGUCCUUAAACGGAUAUGGAUAUGGCGGUUCCCAGCAAAGUUCGAAUAUUUACGAGGAAAUCAAAGACAUUUAUGGGGACGAAACCUGUGCGAAAUACUCAGUUCCGUGGAAUGACGAUUCGUUACACCAGAACGUUCGUACACUUAGCAGGUCUAUGUCGGUAACCGGCCAGGAACAAGAUACACAAAUCCGGACAAGUUCGGUUCGGGGACAAGACGAGCACCAAUAUUCGCGAUACAGGACAAGUGCCAUUUCAGUGCAACCGGACGAUGAAAGCAGUUAUAUCCACGAAAGUUCAAAUUCUGUCCCGAAUACAACGGCCGAUAACGAGUAUUUCAUUUUGGACACGGGAAAUGCGGAAUACUCUAUCGUACCGACCAAAGAAGUUUCAGUUACUGAGGAGCUAGACUCAAGAACACAGCCCAUGUCCAUUUCGGUACAAAAUGAGAGUCAAUGCUCACUUAGUCGGCCCGAUUCCCUUUCGGUCUCGGGGCAAGAACAUUUCUGGCAAAUUUGGACCAAUCCUAUGUUAGAAGAUCACGACAGUCCAAAAACGGAAAUUUAGCAAUUGCGUAUAACGAGAACGUGUUCGAUGAAAACGCAUUCAAAUCAAUGAAUAAGCAAUUUACAUGUAACUGGAUACUUAAAUUAUUAUUGACGAAGCGUUUGAUCGCUAAAACAGGGUAAAUAUUGAUAAUUUGCUUAUGGCGUUACAUUCAAUUUAACUCCAAUUAUCUGGAAUACAGUUCUGUAUUGUUUAAUAUUUGACGCAAUUUUUACAAUUGUGCCAUGCAUAUAUGAGUUGCGUUAUGACAAUACUGGUCAUAAUGCAUGUGCGUAAAGUGUCGUCCCAGAUUAGCCUGUGUAGUCCGCACAGGCUAAUCAGGACCGACACUUUCCGCCAAAAUUGGAUUUUUGCUAAGAUGAGACUUCAUUUUAACGAAAAUGUCAUAAAAGCGGUAAGUGUCGUCCCUGAUUAGCCUGUGUGGACUACACAGGCUAAUAUGGGACGACACUUUACUCACAUCCAUUAUACCCAGUUUUCUCAGAACGUGACUCAUAUAAGUCUCGAGGUUGCGUUCACUUCAUAUACAUGUUAUGUGUACCAUAUACCACAUGAGUCGCAUCUAGGAAAACGGGGCUUAAUGCAUGGGUGUAAAGUGUCGUCUCAUUUUACCCUGUGCAGUCCGCAGUCCGUAUGAUGUAAUGCUAUAAAGGGCCUAUAGUUAGGGUCCUUAAAUCAUUAUCUGUUGGUAACAUAUAACGAGAGAAAGCAAUAUAUUAAUGAAUGUUUAAUUAAGGACAUUGUGUUUUUAUAUUAAUUUGAACAGUAGAUAAUAAAUUUGCUACAUGUAGAAGUUGUAGUAUAUUACAAGCCCGGUGUAACGCUGAGACGUAUUGCAUAAUGAUUGUAUAUGUCGAUUAUUUCUUAAAAUUGUUUACUGAUUACAAUGUUAUAUUGUAUAUAAAAUUUGAAUUGUGCAUAAUUGGUGCUGUAUACAAACACAUUUGUUGAUUUAAGUAAAUGUAUUCUAGUCAGACAUGUGAAUUGUUAUAUGUUAAGAAUGUUAAUUGCAAAAAAAAGCGUGGCAUUAGAGGUGCUCUUACUUUCAAAUAUAAUUAUUGUGUUUUGUUUAACCCAUUUAUGCCCAGUGGACUCUCCCAUCCUUCUAAGUUGGAUCAAUUUAUUUCCAAAAUUAGGGAUGUCUAGUAUAUUUUUUUCUAUAUUUAGAGCAAUUUUUACAGAAAUUCCUUUAAGCAAACAGCCUAGACCCAGAUGAGACGCCGCAUUAUGCGGCGUCUCAUCUGGGUCUACGCUGUUUGCAAUGUCCUUUUUUCAGGACGCUAGGCAUGAAUGGGUUAAGAUAGUGAACAAACUGUUAUUUUAUUGGUCUGCAUAAAUUUGUUUUCAAAGAUAUGAUCUGAGCAAGAUCGAUUAAGUCCCAAUAUUUUUGUUUGAAAUGCCUUCCGGUGCCAUAUUCUUGAUUUGUUUUGAAAACAAGCAUUCAAUAGGACAAACACUGUGUAAAUAACGCACGAUAGGUGUCUACGAAGUAAAUUUACUGACUCACAUAUGUAUACCAGAUUUAUUAACACUAAUAGUGUAUGAAAUGCUAACACUUUGCUCUGCAAUAAUGUGUAACAUAUAUUAUGACGCUUGAAGUAACAAAACUAAACCGUACAUAGAGUAGAUGGAGAAUUAGCUAUAUCGCGCCAUUUGUGCACGUCACGUCGAUAUGUAACGCAAUUAAUGAAUGUCUACGUCAUUGCUCUUGAUAUUUCCUACACAGCGUACAGCAUUUGCAAAACUAUGGCCCACUAGUCACACCACAUCAUUAUAUGAUGCUUUUCAAAUUAUUUUAAGGCUGAUUGCAGUAUGAUAGACAUUGUUGAGUUAUAUUUACAUAUACUGUGUUUUUGAAGACCACAUUGUAAAAAAGAUAUGCUAUGUCUUAAUGUGUUACCUUCGUGAAAUAAAGUUAUUAUUACCACAUCA